GGCAUACGCUACUCUCACUUUCAGGAAACUCAUUUCGUUAGCGAAAACAAGAAGGUUGGUUUGGUGCUGUCAAUUUUAGAAGCUUCUGUGAAGUCACAAGGAAGGAAGGACGGAUCGUUGCUGAGAUCAGAAGUGAAGUGAAGAACAACUGAAAAUAAUGGAGGAGACCGGGGGAGCUGGUUCCACCGCGUACGGAGCUUCGCUCGCAGGCGGCAGCUUCGAUUUCCAGAAGUUCGCCAAACAACCGCAGACUAUCGUGCGCUUCUUGAGUUGGAUCUUUUCCAUCGUGGUGUUUGCGUGCAUCACCGCAGAGGGAUUCAUCAACCGUCCCAACUCCAGCGAAGUUCACUGCGUGUUCAACCAGAACGACUCUGUGUGUCACUACGCGGUGGGCAUCGGCGUCAUAGCCUUCCUGGCCUGUUGCGGCUUCUUCUUAUUGGACGCCUACCUGCCACUGAUGAGCAACGCGCAGGAAAGGAAGUAUGCUGUCAUGGCCGACUUGGGAUUUUCAGGUGUGUGGACGUUCCUGUGGUUUGUCUGUUUCUGCGUCCUGGCCAGUCAGUGGGGUCGCACGGAACACGUCAGCGCAAUCCCGAAGGACGCCGCCCGCGCCACCAUCGCCUUCUCUUUCUUCUCUAUCGCCACCUGGGGUAUCCUGACUUACUUUGCUCUGGGGAGAUACCGCCUCGGCCUCACCGACGUCGCCAAAAACUACAUGGAGCCCCCACUGGAACCGCACACCCCUUACCCCGCGACCUACGCCCCCGCCGCCUACGUGCCCACCACCUACUCGCCGUAUCCCACCGGCGCCCCGGACAACUACCUGCAACCCCCCUUCGCCCCGAUCGACGCCCCGAUCGCCGCCCCCGUCGCCCAGCCCCAGGGGGAAUACCAGCCCCCCAGCUACUGAAGGCCUCCGGGUUGACGUCCGCCCCUCCCCCCCCCACCCCCCACAGAUCUGGGAUCAGUUUCCCCCUACGCCAAUCCUAACCUGAGAGGGGCGGUCCACCCAAAACCUCCCGUGUGGCACUCUGUUAAAUUACACGUGAAAACAGUUACGUGGUGAUUUCUGUUUGUGGUCUGUUUGUGUUUGCGUUUUUAGUUGUUGUAAUGGGCGGUGUCCGGCGAGACGCACCGUCAGUUUAGGUGUGAUUCCAGUUGCCCUGGGAAACGAUGGUUUGAAUGGAGAGCUGCUUUGCGUGGUGGCGGUUAGAGACCGCAAAAGGAUAUUAAUCUGACGGCGAACUGUCAUUUGCGGAAGGUUUGAGUGAAAUACAGUGUUUGUCCGCUUUGUCGUCAUGGCAAUGUAGCGCAAUAAAUAUGUCCGUACCGUCAACCGGAAAAGAAUGUUCCGGAGAGCGUUUUUUUUUUUAAAAGCAGCAUCUCCAGCAUAACUACACCUGUGAUGCGUUGCCUCACGAUAUUCCCCGAUUUCAGACGGACCACCUAGACGUUUAUUCAUGGGUGAAUUUCACCCACUAAUAGGUGACAGGCUUUCACCAGUUGUAAAUACACUGUUUUACUAUUUGUUUUUCUGUGGGUGGAUGACCUCUUUAGCCAUUAGUAGUGUUUAGCUUCUACUGAAACCAGCAUGAAGGAAGAGGCCUGCCACCAGACCUGUGUUCAGAACUGUUUUAAAUCUUUUUUUCUCGUCCGGUCUGACUGGAGUGCCAUGUUGACUGGGUCCUUUUUCUAUUGGUUCCAUCGUCAGCAGACAAGCUUGUAAUGGUGUCAAAUAGUAUGUGAGUCAGAUGAUAUCUUGAUGCUUGCGGUGACAGCUGAAGGGGAAAAGUGAGGGGAACUGAUCUUAGAUCUGUGCUUAAAGGGAAGCUUUAAACUAGAACCAGGGGUGUCACUGAGGGGAGGUAUGCAAUGGAUAUUGAAGGUCAUGUGACACAGGGAUGGAUGUCACAUGAUAUGGCAUAUGAAUCAGCCACUGAGAGCUCUUGUGGAAGUGGCCAAUGGCUUUCUCCAGCCAAUCCACGUGUACUUCUCUGCCUCUGUCCCUCCCACCAGAAGUCUCAGCCACUGCUUCUGUAAAGGAGAAUCUUUCUGUACAUACUGAAUAUUGAUGUUCAAACCACCAUUUUGAAGGUUGUCAAAUGGUUGUGUGUGUGUGUGUGUGUUUAAAAAAACAACUUUUUUUUCUUUUGGUUUUCAAUUUGGCACACUUAUCUCGAUGAAGUAUGAUUACUUCACUGACCUGAAACCAGUAUAUCUUGAGACUACUGAUUUAAACAGGAUAAGCGACAUGUGAUUCAAAAUGUUAAAGACCUGUUUUGUUGUCCUUCCUGAGAACCCCAGCUUUGUCUUCGACCUUUCCUGUUUUUGUACUACGGAAGGUAAAAACGCUUACUCAUUAACCACUCAACUGCAACAUAACUGGCCUCCCUUUACGGCGGUGUUUACUGGGACACGCAGUGGAGAACGUUUCGCGAUGGGAAGUAAAAACAAGUCAAUCGAAUUUGGCAUCCCUCACCCCAUUACAGACCAACUGCCACUUUGUUUUGCGCCCCACACAGAGGUUCUUGGGACUUCACAUGCCAAUUAAGAUGUGCUACUGCAUGUUAUCCGAACCCGUCGAGCCUCUCUGAACGCCAACCCCGGUGUUCUGUUGCCUUAGGCUUGUAAUGACGUCACCGUGGUAACCGCGAGUUCGCGGUUGACGAGUGCCUCGUACACAUGGCACAACGGAUGGGUUCACGCGCGGCCUCUGGAGUAUCGCUUGGCCGACCGCGGUGGUCGUGGCCCAGGCGGAACGAGGUCUCGCGUGUGUGUGUUUCCGUGCCAUCUUUGAGACCUGUUCCGACAUCGGCGGCACCGUUGACCAUGUAACAGAAUGCUGGCACGCUGAACCGGACCUUUAGCGGGGUUGGUUCACCGCGGUCUGACUGUUGCGUUCUUAACAGAAGUGAACGGCGUGUGACUUGUGUUACCAACUGCUGAGCGGAACUGUGAUCCUGAACACAUUUGCCCGUGGGUGAUCGGCUUGGCCUCGCUGCUGGUCCAGUUAAACCUUCACCAUUUGCCAAUAUUUAUUUACGGUCGAUUAAAAGAGAUGACUAGGAUUUAUUUGGAAAAUAUAUAUUUAUUAGAACACGGGCCAAGACAUACCCAAGGUGUAUACAAUGACCUUUAAUGUAUUGAUAUUUAAAAAUGUAUUGCUGAUCGACCUAAGAACAAAAUCUUCACAAACUUCAGGAAAUACCACACGGUCCACUGUACUCUAUAACUCUGGAGUUUAAUCCCGGCCAUGUUGUUGAUUGCACAGAUUAUUAAGUCUAGGGGUGACGGGUGUAUUUUACUUGAUUUGUUUUCUAUUUAAUUUUUAUUCUGUCAAACACUUUCAUGUACCUUUAAUAUAUAUAUUUUCUAGCACUAAGAAACCUGUUGUGUGCUUUUUGUUGUUGUUGUUGUUCCCGAGUCCCUCACUGUGUGAAAACUAGGAAGUGCCUUCUGUGGUUCCGGUAUCGGUUUUCACAGAAUCACUGACCGACUGGUUUGGUUUUAAAAUGCCUGUAUCUGUGUGGGGCAGAAUAAAAAGCUGUCCUCAAAAUCCAA